ACCAGGAACAUGCACUUCUCCAUGGACCCGACCGAUCUCACCACUUUAAUUCAUUAAACCCACUCAUCCUUCCUCGACCUCAACUUUCUUUAAAGUCUCCGUAGAACGACCAACUUGUAUGAUACCCUGGCUUGCCCGACUGGCUUCCCCCUGGUAUCCCCUUGGUCUUCGCUUGGCCUGGCACAGAUGUCCACCUCUUAACACCAACGAGAAGCAAGCUCAGCAAGCCCAGCAAAUCCCUCGCUCUCUGCCACUGAGCAGUGCCACUGUGGGUUAUAUUCUUGCACAUGCUGGUCAACUGCACGGCUAUUGGCCCACUUUACAACCACUUUCGUCGUCCGUCCCAACUACGAUCGUGGGGUAUAAACUCCCUUGUUCUUGCUCUGGCUCCGCUCGUGCCUGCCUACUGCAUUCAAGUCGAAAAACGUAGGUAGCCAGCGACCCAUAGCAUUUCCAGCACACGAUCGUCCGGGACAUCGCCAUGGGGGUCCGAAUAUGGGGAACCAUAUCCGAAUCGUGGAAGCGCUUCAGCCCAGUGGAGAAGCGGAACAUGGCUAUAUACAUCUUAGGGAUCAUGCUCUAUAAAUUCGGUCUAGAAGCCUUCAACGGUUCUGUUGUAGCUCUCGCGACGAACCGAUACGACGAGCUUGCAAGAGUUACAAACACCCCAUCUAUCACAUUUGGUCGGGUUGGUCUGUUAACUGGACUCAACCAGGCCUUCCAGUGCGUUGGCUCCAUCCUAAUCGCACCACUGGUCAAGAGAUAUCCCACGAAGAACGUUCUGGCCUGUGCCGUUUUGGUCUUCGGUAUUUUCAGCGCUUUACUUAUGAUCAUUGACGCCUCGACUGGCGGUCACUUCCUCCCGGCGGGAUACACCAAGGAUCACGCGAAGAACGAUUUUAGCUACUACGGUAACUACAACACGGAUGGCAUGAUUCCAAUCUUUUGCGUAUGCGGUAUCGUCUAUGGCAUGGUCGAACUUAUUCGUAGGGUCAUUCCGAGGGAUAUUGUGGGCGGCAACGCUCUGAAACUCAGACAAAUGGAUGCCAUGGUGCACAUUUUCUAUGAGGUUUCCGGAACCGCUGGAGCUUUCUGCACGGCUCUCGUACUCAUCCCUCGAUUCGGAAACAAUUUUUCCUUCAUAAUCACACCAAUCUUCUUCUCGGCCGCAUCGAUUGUAUGGUUCUUCAUCCAAGAGUCCGGUUUCCAGAAAGAGCGGCCACCUCGCGAUCCUGAAGACCCGAACUAUCUAAUGGCCGUUGUCAGUGGCUUCUGGCUCUUCUUCGAGUCUGUCUAUACUGGUGCAAAGAUCAUCUUCACCAACCGAAAGUUUAUCUGGCUGCUUCCCGGGUACGCUAUCGCUCUGUAUGGUCACAGGUACCUUGAGAACGGACUUGCUCCCGCCAUUGCCCGUCGCUAUCUUGGUAACUCUGCAUGGUCACAGAUUAUGGUGGGCGGGUCGAAUUUGGGUGAACUGUUUGGUGCGCUAUUCGUCUUCCUCUUCAACGAUCUAGUUACUACACCGAUGCCGUGGCUUCGACUGGAUUCUUUGAUGCUUCUCGUGGUCUGGUAUCUACCUUUUUGGAAUCCGCCAAUGGGGAACGUUCAAUCUGCAUGGAUUGUUGCUGCAACGUUCCUUCCCAUCUCCUUCGGAUGGGCAGCUGGUGACGUUUCGCUUGCUGCUUACAUACAAGCGUCACUUGCUCGAAUCGAGUCGAAGACGAAGAAUGUGUCGGCCUUAGGCGCUGUCAUGGCUUUCCUUUAUUGCACAUACAUUGUGAUCUAUGCGAUCACUUCACCACUCCUCGGAACAUACAUUGAUAAUGUUUCGAAUAGCAACAACCAAGAUAUUCGACCAGCCAUCACCAACGUUGCGGGAGUACAGUUUACGAUCAUAUUUGUGCUGGUAAUGACGUCCACGUUUGUGCCGAAGGGCGCAUUCGCCUUCAACCCCAAGCUUCUCAACGACGAGAUGUUGGAUGAGGAUAUCAUAGAUGACGGGCUUUCCGCUCUGGAUGAGAUGAGCAUCAAGCAUAAGGAUGAAUACGAGCUACAGGAUUCGCAUACGAGUAGUAGCGAUGGUCAUCAUCGAAGUGAGCGUGCAUCAGUUUAGCGAAUUCAAAUCUUCCUUUUUUUCCUGGUUCAAAUCGUUGAGAACUUGCGUCAGACGAUUCAUUGAGCUACAUAGUAUAGGGCUCGGUAUUAAUCUGGUAUUGGGCUAGAGUGGAUUAUCCACCGUAGGGAUUUCCAGGUGUCUAUAAAUUCCCAGCCACUCAAUUGUUGCACCGAGACUUCAAAAGUAUCAAGCAACAAUUAGCCUUUAGAUUUGGUGGCAAGAUGCAAGAGUAUCUGGCCAGGUAAGAG